CAAUCACUAUCAGACUCUCGUCUCGACAUAAUCACACCAGAAAUUUUCAGCAAUGGAAAACCUAACGAUUGACAGCGAACCAACAAACGACAACAGUUUGGCAGGGUAUGUGCGGGCAUUCCUGUGGUUGUUGCUGGGGUUAUUUGCCCUGGUCAAGGCUGCUCAGCUCCUGGAUCACUACUUUAUCGCUGGUCUGAUGGGGAGAUGCAAGCCCCGCUCGAAAGAGCAGAUGUGGCUGCAGUACCAGGCGAUGAAAGAGCAGACCGACGCUCAGUUGCAGGAGCUGCGUCAGAGGAACACGAAACUGGUGGGCUUGGUAGCGGAUCUGCAGGAGUGCAAUCGCCAGUUGAUCAACGAAAACUGCAGCCCCCAAUCAGCAAUGGGCGACCAACAGAUGGACCAGGGGCCGAAGUACCCCCACAAUCUCUUCAUAAAGAACAAUCACUUCCACCUGACCAAUCAGGUGUUCGUCAAGAAGGGACGCUUCGAUCUCAACAUAGAGAACCCUUCAGCGGCGCCAAAGGUGGAGCCCAGUAUCUGGAUGAAGUACCUGAAGCAGCGCAAGUCCCUGAUGUCCUGCCAGUCCAUUGUCGAUCCCAAUGCCAUGAUCGAAAGCACUCCUGGGCGCACAGAGCCCCCCAUAUUGAGCACCGAGGAGAUGCAGAAGAUACAGGGCAUUAAUUAGCUCUUAUGCCUAGCUCUUCGUACUUUUGUGUUAUGGCAUUAUACAAAUUUGUUAAGGUUUCGGCAGCAUAGAAAAUCACAAAAAAUGAUUACCCAUUGGGUAUCGACUAAUCGAUUAAGUGUCUCUUCUUGGUCUUUAUCGAGAGACAAUCGAUAUGGGCAUCGAAAGCUUUGACGAAAUCUAUCUGUUUGGAAUCAAAGUUUCUCCUUAUAUUUUAUCGACAAUAUAUAUCGUUUUUAUCGAUAAUAAAUGUUUAA